AUGGCGGGGUCUGCAUUGAGGGUCGCCGGCCGGCGGCUCAGUCAACACACAGGGUCUGGAGCCCCCGUUCUCCUACGGCAGAUGUUUGAGCCCAAGAGCUGCACCUAUACUUAUCUUCUGGGGGACCGAGAGUCCCGAGAGGCGGUUCUGAUCGACCCGGUUCUGGAGACAGCACAACGAGAUGCCCAGUUGGUCAAGGAGCUGGGGCUGCGGCUGCUGUAUGCGGUGAAUACCCACUGCCACGCGGACCACAUUACCGGCUCCGGGCUCCUCCGGUCCCUACUUCCCGGCUGCCAGUCUGUCAUCUCCCGCCUUAGCGGGGCCCAGGCUGACUGGCACAUUGAGGAUGGAGACUCCAUCCAGUUCGGGCGCUUCGCCUUGGAGACCCGGGCCAGCCCUGGCCACACCCCUGGCUGUGUCACCUUUGUCUUGAAUGACCACAGUAUGGCCUUCACUGGAGACGCCCUGCUUAUCCGAGGGUGUGGGCGGACAGACUUCCAGCAAGGCUGCGCUAAGACCUUGUACCACUCAGUUCAUGAAAAGAUCUUCACUCUUCCAGGAAACUGUCUGAUCUACCCUGCUCAUGAUUACCACGGGCUCACAGUGUCCACUGUGGAGGAGGAGAGGACUCUGAACCCUCGGCUCACCCUCAGCUGUGAGGAGUUUGUCAAGGUCAUGAACAAACUGAACCUGCCUAAACCUCAGCAGAUAGACUUUGCUGUUCCAGCUAACAUGCGCUGUGGGAUCCAGACGCCCCCUUCCUGA